CCUUAUACGGCAUCUUUCAGGGUUUCUGGCAUCUCCUUGGAAACGUCUCCCUGGACCUUUUUGAGGGGAGAGCGGAUAAUCUCAGACCUCCAGUGCAUUUGCCGUACAUGUCUCAAUUCGAUUAUGAUUUACGAUACUUGUCUUUCAUAACGCAUUUGUCUCACAGCGCCUGUUACACAUCUUGCGUUCUGUUUUGCUUAUUAUAAUGCGGGGGAUUCUCACCGCUUUGCUGCCUCAUCAGGGAUCUCCUGCGCGGCGCUGGGGCCCCUGCGGUGAAGCAGGGUUGGCGGUCGCCUCGCGACGAGGCGUUCGCAGCGCGAUUCGUCGAGUACCUGGCGCAGAACUACUGCGACCAGAAGGUGCUCUUGCACGACGUCUAUCGCGAGAUGUACCCAGAGGACUCCAAGACUCAGAGGCUCAUCGGAGACACCUGCUGGGGCACCCUUGGCACGUUCAUCAAUGCCAUGAGCCGGGCUGGAGAGUGCGAAGCGGUGCGCGGGCCUAAGGGCUGGGUGGUGCGCGUUGGCAUGGACAUGCUCGUCGCCGCCGAAGAGGAGAAGAGCGCGCGGGAGGCUUCGGCGGGGCCCUCCCGUGACGCCGUGGAGGCGUCCGGCAGCAGCUGCUCUCCGGCCGUGCCGGCGCCGGAGGAGCAAGCGUCGUGCCUGCUGGCGAUGGGCGACGUGCCGGCGGUGGCCGUGCCCAAGUCCAGACGGGAAAGGAUGCAAUCGUCGUGGGCGUCAUCGCUGCACCUCCGCGACGCACGUGCGCCGGGGCCCGCCGAGGA